AUGGGCCCCUGUACCGCCUCCUCAUGCUGCUGCCAGGCCCGUAAUCUGCCAUGGGCCCCCGUACCGACUCCUCAUGCUGCUGCCAGGCCCGUAAUCUGUCAUGGGCCCCUGUACCGCCUCCUCAUGCUGCUGCCAGGCCCGAAAUCUGCCAUGGGCCCCCGUACCGACUCCUCAUGCUGCUGCCAGGCCCGUAAUCUGUCAUGGGCCCCUGUACCGCCUCCUCAUGCUGCUGCCAGGUCCAGAGUGUCUCAUGGGUCCCUGUACGGCCUCUCAUUGCUGCUGUCUUCAUCGCCACACUCUGCCAUGUGCCACUUUCAGGUCUCCUCACACUGCUGGUGGGUUCCAUUUUGUCAUAGGGUGCUGGCAGAUUACGGGCCUCCCAUUGCUGCUGCCAGGCCCGUAAUCUGCCAUGGGCCCCCGUACCGACUCCUCAUGCUGCUUCCAGGCCCGUAAUCUGCCAUGGGCCCCCGUACCGCCUCCUCAUGCUGCUGCCAG